AUGCGAUAUGAGCAUUUAAAUCAAUCGCCUCUAAACCAAAAUUCAACCUUUGUCAAUCAGCCACUCUUUCCAAAUAUCAAGAUAGCAUUGACGGACCCGAUGGAGUCGAAAUCCAUCCCGAUUGGCUCCGCCGCCAUACAGUCAGAAAACAGGCGCAGAGAUCUGAUAGUCGCAGAGGAGGAAAGACUCGUUGCAACCAGCAGCCCCGAUGCCUCACAGAGCUAUUUGAAGCAUGAUCACGGGAGGAAAACAGGUGUUGAUAAAUGGCGAGGAUUUGGAGUUCCUAGUGAAGUCAGUAGGAUAGCAAAUUAUUAA